GCCCUCGGCCCGUCGCCUGGGUCACCCUCCGCGCGCGCACAGGAGGGGCGGCCCCGCGCGGUGGCCCUGCAGAGUGCUCCGGGGCAACUGCAGCAUGCAGCCGCCGCCGAGGAAGACCACAUACGCCAAGUUCCUGAAGAACCUGCACGCGGAACAAGUCAGCAAGCUCCAGGCCAAGAACCAGCACGAGUGCGAGCUGCUGGAGGACAUCAGGAACUUCACUCUGAAGAGGUCAGCCAUUGAGAAAUCGUAUUCAGAGGCCCUGCUCAAGAUAUCCUCCGCUUUCCUGAACAAGAAAAUUCCCAACAUACCGGACAUCAAGACUGAAGGAGAGGAGGAGAAAUGGAACAUGUGGAACGUGUGGCGGACGGUGCUGGAGGAGAACGAGAAGCUGGCGCGCGCGCGCCUGGCCGCGGUCGAGGUGUUCCACCAGCAGGUGGCCGACGACGCCAAGGUGCUGCGCUCCCACAAGGUGCAGGCCGCCAAGAAGAGCCUGGACCAGCUGGGCGUGAUCCAGAAGGAGCUGCAGGUGUGCGUGCAGGACGUGGACAAGACCAAGAAGCUGUACUUCGACGAGGAGCACACGGCGCACGACGUCCGCGACAAGGCGCGCGACAUCGAGGAGAAAUUAAAGAAAAAGAAGGGUUCAUUCUUCCAGUCAAUAACGUCUUUGCAGAAAAACAGCGCUAAGGUCACGUCCAAGAGGGAGGCCCUGGAGGAGAAGUCGACGGGCGCCAGGAACGACUACCUGCUGAGCCUCGCCUCCGCCAACGCGCACCAGACCCGCUACUUCGUCGUGGACCUGCAGAACACCAUGCGGGCGAUGGAAGACCAAGUGUACGACAAGGUGGCGGAGUACUUGACGCUGAUUGGCCGUACGGAGCUGCUCACAUGUUCGGCCACGCAGAAUUCCUUCGGCAGGAUACGGGACCAAGCGCAGCAGCUGACGCGGGAGUACAAUCUGCAGUGCCUGUACCUGUACUACCCGGUGCUGAAGCAGCACAUCCAUUAUGACUUCGAACCAUGCGACAACGAUGACAUCCGCAAGAUCACGGCCGAGCACCCGUCCGUCGUGCAGAGCCUCGGCAAGGAGGCCAAGCGGUGCGCGACGCGCAUCUCGCGCGAGAACAACAACAUUCGGGAGUACCAGCGCCGGCUCGCCAUCUUCCAGGGCCUGCGAGACUCCGGACAGAAGCUAGAUCCUAACGACCAAAAUGGACCAGAUCUCGAGACGAAAAUCGAAGAACUGAAGCACAGCAUUAGAAGAUCCGAGACGGCCAAGCAGAAAGCUGAGGCAAGGAUAGAACUUCUGCGAGCUGGUGGAGUGAACGUGGACGAGUGGCUCCAGGAGGUGGACAGCCUGAGCGUGCAGGACAUGACGCGGUCCGCCAGCUCUCUGUCGAUGAGGACGGACGCCUCUGGCACUGGGGAGCCGCCCAGCUCGGACUCGCUGUACGACAGCGAUGCGGACGCGGGCUCGGAGGCGAAUGCCGCGGAGCAGGCCCUCGUGCUGGACGAGGCCGACCAACCAGACACCGCCGAGGUGGACGCGGCUGUGGAGCAGGAGAGGCAGCGGCUGGAGCAGCUGACUGCCGGCUGGGACGACCCGACGCAGGUGAACUGGGGGCCCGACGAGGACGCCACUCCUUCGGUGGCCGGCACCGACCCGGAGCCCGCGCUCGAGGAGCGCACCGACACGCCGGCCGCAGACUCCGUACAGCCGUACAAGUGCACAGCACUCUACAACUACACUGCUCAGAACCCGGACGAGCUGAGCAUUGUGGAGAACGAGCAGCUGGAGGUGAUAGGCGAGGGCGACGGCGACGGCUGGCUGCGCGCUCGCAACUACAAGGGCGAGGAGGGAUACGUGCCCCACAACUACCUGGACCUAGAGCUGGACGGCGAGGGCGACCAGCAGAUGCCCGCCGCCAGCUACCCGCUCGUCGCCCAGAUCUCCUUCUCCUCCGUGGACUACACGGUGGAUGAAACUGACGAGCCGGUCACCGAGGUGGAGGUGGGGCCGCUGCCCAGCGGCGAGGCGUCUCCGCAGCACCACAUCGACGUGGUGGAGGGCUACUGCGUCGCGCUGUACGACUACGAGGCGACGUGUCUGGAGGAGCUGAGCUUCAGCGAGGGCCAGGUGAUCCGCGUGCUGCGCAAGGCCGUGCACGAAGACGUGGACGACGGCUGGUGGGAGGGCGAGCUGGACGGGCGCACGGGCCAGUUCCCGUCGCUCGUGGUCGCGCCGUGCCGUGCCGACGGCGAACCCCUCACCCCGGAGACGCUGCACCUAGACACGGCAGCGGUCAAGGACAAGACUAUUAUCGUUUUGAAGGACGAAGAGGAGCCGCCCGGAUCGGCGCCCCCCGUCUUCACUCCUCCGGAGGUGCCCACGUUCCUCCUGGCACCUCAGCAAGUGAUUGUGACGUCUGCGACCCCGCUGGUGGAGCACUCGGAGGCCGACGGCGCUGAGCCCCCCGAGGACGCCGACGAAGCCCCGGCGCCGCCGGCGCAAGAGGCCUUCUCCAUAGCGCUGACUCGCAACCAGCAGCAGCAGUACGGCACCCAGUUCCAGCCGGGCGGGGACGCCCCCGAGAUCACAGGUGACCGUGCAUAUCUGCGAGCCGGCGGCGGGUGAAGAAGUGGAAGGCGGCGACAACCGGGUCGCAGCGCAGCCUCCCCAGGAGCCGCUCAAGUCAGAGGCAGACUUCGGGCUGGGCGUGGCACAGAUCGUCAU